GUCCGCCUACUCUACUCCCCCGCCUGCCACCGUCUCGCUCUCUCGGUCCGCCUGCAGCAUUCGACAUCCCAGCGAGGAUUUUUCACUACAGAGAUGGCUGCGAAAGUGUGUAGAACAGUGCUCCUCUUGACCAGGAGCAGCGGCGCUGUGGUCACCGGGCUCCCAGCACUUGCUAUCUCAUCACAGCGGCACCACCAGCAUAUAAGAUCGGACCAGCCUGUCAGGAGAGCACAUGGCCUGCGGUCAGCCUCCCGCUCUGCACUGUUCACCCAGCCUCCCACCAGCCUCUCAACCGCCCUCUCAACCCAGGGAUGGAGGGGUGCCCCCUCAUGGCAGGGCCAGAGACUACUGAGUUCCUCCACCGCUCCAGAAGAGGUGACGGUGGUGUACCAGAAUGGACUGCCGGUGAUCUCGGUCAGUUUGCCGUCUCGUAGGGAGCGAUGCCAGUUCACUCUGAAGCCCCUCAGUGACUGUGUUGGGGUGUUCCUCACACAGCUGCAGACAGAGGACAGGGGUAUCGACCGUGUGGCCAUCUACUCUACAGAUGGGGCGAGGGUAGCCUCUUCUACAGGGAUAGACAUCCUGCUGUUGGAUGACUUCAACCUGGUCAUCAACGACGUUACGCACCUGGUUCGACCGCCACGGAGAGAUCUCCUAGCCAAUGACGAGGCAGAGCGUCUGAACGAUGUUAAGUUCCUGGUUCAGCAGCUCUACACCACCAUGCGUAUAGAAGAGCAUCAGCUUAGUAAAGAGAAGGAACUGGUGGUCAGACUAGAGGACCUCAACUCACAGCUACGUCCUCUAGAGAAGGUGAGGGAGGAGCUGAGUCGUAAGGCGGAGCGUCGUACCACCUGGGUGCUGUGGGGGGGCAUGGCCUACAUGGCAACACAGUUUGGGAUCCUGGCGCGUCUCACCUGGUGGGAGUACUCCUGGGACAUCAUGGAGCCUGUCACCUACUUCAUUACCUACGCUACCGCCAUGGCUAUGUACUCCUACUACGUACUCACACGCCAGGAGUACAUCUACCCAGACGCCAGGGAUAGACAGUACCUGCUGUUCUUCCACAAGGGGGUGAAGAGACAACGCUUUGACAUCUAUAAGUACAACGAGCUGAAGGACUCUAUUGCUGAGGUGGAGUUAGAUCUGAAACGCCUGAGGGACCCCCUCCAGCUCCAACUCCCUGUCCAGCAACUCACCGCCGCCAGCAAAGAUUGAUGGGAAGAGUGAUGUCCUCCUCUGCUUUCUUCAUCUAUCCCUCCACUCCUCCAUCCUUCCUUUCCUUACCCUCCUCCAUCCCUCCUUUCCUUACCCUCCUCUCCUCAUCCAUCCCUUCUUUCCUUAUCCUCCUCCAUCCCUCCUUUCCUUAUCCUCUUCCCCUCCUCCAUCCCUCCUUGCCUUAUCCUCCUCCAUCCCUCCUUGCCUUAUCCUCCUCCAUCCCUCCUUGCCUUACCCUCCUCCAUCCCUCCUUUCCUUACCCUCCUCCAUCCCUCCUUUCCUUACCCUCCUCCAUCCCUCCUUUCCUUACCCUCCUCCCUCCCUCCUUUCCCUCCUCCCUCCCUCCUUUCCUUACCCUCCUCCUCCAUCCCUCCUUUCCUUAUCCUCCUCUCUCCAUCCGUCCACCUUUACUCCUCUUUGUUAAAAAACCCUUCCCCCCUUUCCUUACCCUCCUCCCUCCCUCCUUUCCCUCCUCCAUCCCCCCUUUCCUUACCCUCCUCCCUCCCUCCUUUCCCUCCUCCAUCCCUCCUUUCCUUACCCUCCUCUCUCCAUCCGUCCACCUUUACUCCUCUUUGUUAACAAACCCUUCCCUCCUUUCCUUACCCUCCUCCUCCAUCCCCCCUUUCCUUACCCUCCUCCCUCCCUCCUUACCCUCCUCCCUCCCUCCUUUCCCUCCUCCAUCCCUCCUUUCCUUACCCUCCUCUCUCCAUCCGUCCACCUUUACUCCUCUUUGUUAACAAACCCUUCCCUUUAGCGAUCGACCGUGGGAGUUUUUCUUUUUCUUUUUUCUCUCCUUUUUUAAUUUCUCUGACUUGAAAACUCAAAUUAUAAAGUAAAAAUCAUCUGUAGAGGAGGUUUAGAAAGAACAGAAACUGAAUCAAAUUGUGUCUGGGGGUGGAGAUUAUGAUGAAACUGGGUGCUAUGGAUAUGCAACAGGACUUCAGCACAGCCUGCAGGAAGCUCUAGGGGACGUACAGGAAGUGGCACGCGGCAGUGUGAGGAGAUACAGCGGAGGUGGAGGGGACGGGGGCAGACAAAUGGACACGUCUAUAAGUGUGUGUGGUGAUAUCCCGGGACUCCAACCCCAAGCCACUUAACAGUUGCUAUAUCUAUGUGUUAGCUAGGCCCACAGUGCAGCAUUCAAACACACACAUCACUCCUGUGGGGCCUCGGGACGUCUGUGUUCUAUGAAUAUCCUCUAGCUGGGAACCUCUUGCUCCACCCCCUUGACCUUUAACCUCAGCCCUCUGACCUCUGCAUGCACGGAGGACAUGGCUGUGAUUGGACAAGGGUUCCUGUGACCCCUCUAGGUGACCGUGAACGUUGACCUUGGCCCGACCCCUCUUGUCUCGUCUGAUUGGCUGUGGCCAACCCUGCCCCGCCUGUAACCAGUUCCCGCCCUCUCUGCCUGACGGACAGCUACCCACAGAGCAUAUUGCUAUGACGACAAGGACCUUUUAUCAGGCGCCUUUCAGAUUGUCACAGCCUUUACAGGAAGUGGAUAGACGGAGUUGAGGUCAGGUGACCACACCUCACUUCCUAUUCCUGUUGUUGACUUCCUAUCGACUUCCUGUUUCCUGUAACAUGCUGCGCCGGGAUUGGAGGAUAGUACUUCCGAUAACAACAUCACUGUGUGUUCCAGUAUUCCCAGAUGUUUUAUUUUAGAAGCUAUAUUUGUUAUGAGAAACAAUAUACUAAAAAUAUACAAUCAAUCCCAAUGAAGAUAGAGGAGGUUUAGAUCAUUCAGUGGGGGGAGGAGCUCUCUCUUUAACAUCCUAUAUCAGUAAUAUAGUUGAUAUACCAUAUCUGUAUCUCUUCAGUAAUGUCUCAACCAUACAGGACCCCCGUAUCAAUAGGUUUUCCCCACUUCUUCUCUCACACACUGUUAUCAUUGUACAAUAUAACCCACCAAGGCUUCAUAGACAAACACCCAUCAUCCACAAACAGAGUUCUGAGAAGGAUUUCUGGCCGAGAGAUUCUGCCUGCCGCUCUCAUAUCCUACAAUUCCUUCCAACUACACUAUAACUCAUAUCAGCCAAGAGAACAUUGUAGAACCCUCACAAACAGCUGUGAUGUACCCCUGUAGAACCCUCACAAACAGCUGUGAUGUACCCCUGUAGAACCCUCACAAACAGCUGUGGCCCGACUGUGUACCAUUUCUGAAUAUGCUCACCUCUUUACACCAACCUAAUUGUGAGGAUGUAAAGAAAGAGACAUAUUAAUAUUGUGUGUGUGUGUGUGUGUGUGUGUGUGUGUGUGUGUGUGUGUGUGUGUGUGUGUGUGUGUGUGUGUGUGUGUGUGUGUGUGUGUGUGUGUGUGUGUGUGUGUGUGUGUGUGUGUGUGUGUGUGUGUGUGAGAGACAGUCAGACGCAGACAGGCAUGCUGUAGAUUGCAGGUUGUUCAAUGAUGAGUCUUCUUCGUCUGUAUGUGAGGUUUUGUAGGACAUCAUUUAAGCCAAGGAACAUAUAGAGGAUCAUAAAACAGAGAUCUCUCUCUCACACACACACACACACACACACACACACACAUAAUACUGAUGCAUUGUUGCUGCAAAAGAAAAGCAAAUUUCCAAAAUAAACCAUUUCUCGUGAAAAAUAGGAAAUAGACUUAACUUUUACAGGGAAUGUCUCAGAUCCGACGUGCAUGUUUUUCCCCCCAUUGUGACGAGAUCAAAUAAGUAUAAUUGAUUUGUUCUUUAAAACAUUUUUUUUUUAGCUUGUUCUGAAUUGGUCUUGGCUUCAGGCAGCAACACAACGCAUAUUUCAAUGACAUGAUAUCAAUGGUUCACAUGUGAACGGAACAUGUCCAAAUUAUGAACAAUUUUACUUCUGGGUUUUGUAAAAGGUCACCCUCUAUAUGACCUAUGACCGACUUAACCAUUCGAUCGGCUCAAUCAAUCAAUAACCUGUCAUUAAAAACCGGAGCUGCAAACACAGCUAAAGAAGUAUAAA